AUGGCUAUUGAAGAAAUGCAGGUUUGGGACGGUGUAAGCGACGCGCGAAUCGAAUUUGGUGAAGCUACUUUGCCGUCUGGACGCGGUCUAGAGAUGGCUCGGUUGACCGAGAACCUAAACUUGCAACGAGCCCUGCUGAGACGGCUGGACAACCUCUCUUCUCCAACCUUUACCAUUCUUGACAAGACGAAAGUAUCCUCCAUCGUCCCCGACACGGAAAGAUCAACCUGGCCGGUUGUCCAUCUUCACCCAAGCCAAAGCAGCGGGGUAGCACACCAAGCCCCUGAACGACGAGAGCAAACCUCCCCCUUGCCGUUGCGCGCACGGUUGUUGGUGGGCGCCGACGGGCCAUCCUCACCCGUGCGAGCGUUUUCAAAAAUUGAGACGUACGGGUGGUCCUACGACGCGCGUGCGAUUGUCGCAACAAUGGUGCACGACGGCAAUCUACUCACGUCGUUUGGUACCCCACGGAACACGACGACGGCCUAUCAGCGUUUUCUCCCGACGGGGCCCAUUGCAUUCUUACCGCUGUCGACGACGCGAGCGAGUCUCGUGUGGAGCACCACGCCAGAGCUGGCGCAGGCCCUGUUGGAUGCAGGUGACGAUGUGUUAGCGCGAAUGGUGAAUGCAGCAUUUCGAUUACCGGAUCUAUCUAUGCGAUAUCUACAUCAAUUUAUCCUCGACCGAUGGCACGCGGCCGUUCCUGAAGUAGGAGCAGAUGGCAAGAUGAGCAAGAAGGGCUAUUUGGGCGUGGACGAAAUUGAGGGCGAGAUCCGGUGGCGUGAAUGCACAUUCGAUUGA